ACAACACUCUCGCAAACCACACAACACAAAACUAACCAACACACACUCUCUUCCAACAUGGACCCUCUCUCUGCCACCAAACACAACAAGAAUUUCGCCAAGCCUUCCUCCCUUAACAUGGAGACUCCGCCGGCGGAUCCCAGUCCCCUCCGGAAGAUCAUGGCUGUGGCAUCCAUCGCCGCAGGGGUGCAGUUCGGCUGGGCCCUGCAGCUCUCCCUCCUCACCCCCUACGUUCAGCUGCUGGGAAUUCCCCACUCUUGGGCCUCCUUCAUCUGGCUCUGCGGCCCAGUCUCCGGCAUGCUGGUCCAGCCCAUCGUCGGCUACCACAGCGACCGCUGCACUUCCCGCUUCGGCCGCCGCCGUCCCUUCAUCGCCGCCGGAGCCCUGGCCGUUGCCAUCGCCGUCUUUCUCAUAGGCUACGCCGCCGACCUCGGCCACAUUUUCGGCGACUCCCUCGCCAAGAAAGUCCGCCCACGCGCCAUCGCCAUCUUCGUCGUCGGCUUCUGGAUCCUGGACGUCGCCAACAACAUGCUCCAGGGCCCCUGCCGUGCCCUCCUCGCCGACCUCUCCGCCGGCGACCACCGAAAAACGCGCAACGCCAACUCCUUCUUCUCCUUCUUCAUGGCCGUAGGCAAUGUCCUGGGGUACGCCGCGGGGUCCUACAGCGGCCUCCACCACGUCUUCCCCUUCACCAAAACCAAAGCCUGCAACGUCUACUGCGCCAAUCUCAAAAGCUGCUUCUUCCUCUCCAUCGCGCUCCUCCUCAGUCUGGCCACCAUCGCCCUCACUUACGUGAAGGAGGAACCGGUGGCGUCCGAAAAAAACAGCGCGAGCGUUGUGGAAGAAGAUGGGUCCCACGGGGGCAUGCCCUGUUUUGGGCAGUUAUUCGGUGCGUUUCGGGAACUGAAGCGUCCCAUGUGGAUCCUUCUCUUGGUGACGUGUCUCAACUGGAUUGCGUGGUUCCCCUUCCUUCUCUUCGACACCGACUGGAUGGGCCGUGAGGUCUACGGCGGAAGCGUCGGAGAAGGAAAGGCCUACGAUAGAGGCGUGCGCGCCGGUUCUUUAGGUCUCAUGUUGAACUCUCUCGUCCUCGGAGCCACCUCCUUGGGCGUCGAUGUCCUCGCGCGUGGAGUUGGGGGCGUCAAGAGGCUCUGGGGAAUCGUCAACUUCUUGCUCGCUAUCUGUUUGGCCAUGACCGUUUUGGUCACCAAGAUGGCCGCGCAUUCUCGCCAGUACACUGACCUCCCCGGCGGCAUCCACGAGCCCCUGCCUCCUCCCGCCGGCGUAAAAGCCGGCGCGUUGGCCCUCUUUUCCGUCCUCGGAAUCCCUCUCGCGAUUACUUACAGCAUACCCUUUGCUCUGGCAUCAAUAUUCUCCACCACCUCAGGAGCAGGCCAAGGAUUAUCUCUGGGAGUCCUCAAUCUUGCAAUCGUCGUACCACAGAUGGUGGUGUCUGUGAUCAGUGGACAAUGGGAUAAACUAUUUGGCGGCGGUAACUUGCCGGCGUUUGUAUUGGGUGCGGUGGCGGCUGCGGCCAGUGGCAUUCUAUCCGUAAUCCUGCUGCCAUCUCCACCGCCGGAUCUGGCGAAAGCUGCAACCGCAGCAGGGGAGGGUUCCAUUAAUGAGUCGAUGAUGUUCGUGUUUUUGUCGAAAAAGGAGGACGUACGGUUUUUUUUUUUUGUUUGAAGCCGUCAGUAUAAGGCUUUUUAGGUCCCAAAAAAUGCAUGCUACAAUUGGCGCUGUGAUGUGGUGGCAUGAAUGACUAAUAACAGUCAUUUUAAUUGUAAAGCUUGAUGAGGUGGGUGUACAUAACCCUGUCCUAAUUUAUAUGGUAGUUGGUAACUGUGGGUUGUGAGGGGAAUGUAGUGAUUCCAGGCUACACCACUUUCCUCUUCCCCCACUUACCUUUCCAUUCUCUUCUUCUCCACUCCACCCAUUACUAUAAUAAUAACAUUCUCUCUUAUCUCCAUCAUAA